UGCAAUAUUGAGUUUUGGCUAGCAGGCAUUGCGAGGAAGAAGAGCACCAACUUCAGGCUCUCGCAGACUCCGUCACUUCUCAGUGUCCAGCUCCGAUCCGGCCAGGAUGAGCGGCGACGCCGGCGUGCAGCGCUGCGUGGCUAUGCUGCAGAAGGCCGGCAACGACACGGAGAAGUUCGCCGCCCUGCUCAUGGUCACCAAGCUGGUGAACGCGGCUGACUGUGGGCCCGAGCAGCGCCGCCUCCUGUUCGACGCCAUCGGCUUCACGUACCUGCUGCGCAUGCUGGGCAGCCCGGCGCCGCCCGGCUGUCCGCCCGAACUCUUCAAGUCCAUUGCGCUCACCAUCUUCAGCUGCUUCUCACAGGACGAGCACGUAAGCGGCAGCCCGCAGAUGGCCGAGGCGGUGCCGCUGGUGUGCGAGGCAAUCCGCCAGGCGAGCGACGACGAGGAGCAGCUGCGCCUGGUCUCGGACGGCUACCAGUGUCUGGAGGCGGCGGCGGGCGCGCGCAGCGACGUCUGGGCCGGCCAGCCGGAGCUCUUCCACCGGCUGCUGGCCUCGCUGACCAUGGACCUGCAGCUGGAGGAGGAGCCCGAGCCGCGCAAUGCGCUGUGCCGCGACCUGCGCGUGGCGCUGCUCUCGGCACCGCAGCCGCUGCCCGAGAGCGAGCCCGACCAGUGGCGGCGGCCGCUGACCGAGACGCUGGCCGGCGUGCUGACCAGCCGGCUGUCGGCCCAGCAGCGCGGUCCCGCCCUGCUGCUGGCCGCCGCCAUGGUGGAGGCGCUGGGUGUGCGGCAUCAGGCGCUGGAGCCCGACAAGCAGCGUCAGCUCGUCAUGGUGUACACUAACCUCUUCUGUAUCGAGAUCCGGAUGGGCCUGGAGGACCGGUCGUUGGCGCAGGCGGUCAAGGCCAGCGAGCUCCUGACGGCCUCCUUCUUCGUGCUGGAGCGCAUGUUCGAGAUGCUCAUCAGCGACACGCCGCUCGAGUUUGACGCCAAACAGCGACAGCAGGUGAUCGUGGCGAUGCGCGGCGCAUGCGGCGCGGUGAUCGGCUUCCUGACGCGCGUCAUGAAGGAGGACGCGGCCGAGCUGACCCGCCACCAGACCAUGUUCGUCUACAGCUGCAUCCGCAUCGUGCUCGCCUGGCUGGCGGAGGAGACGUCGUACCCGGACGAGGUGGUGCAGCUGGUGCCGUUUCUGCUGCGCAUGUGCGGCCAGACGUUCGAGAUGCGCCGGCAGCAGGCGGCGGCGGCGGCGGCGGCCGACGUGCCUGACCUGCUGCGUCUCUUCUUGCCGGCCCUCUGCCACCUGACGUCCGACGACCGCGCCCGCUACGUGCUGCUCAUGCUGGACGCCGACGAGACGCUCGUGCAGUACUUCCACUACCGCUGGGACCUGGCAGCGCCGCUGCUCUCGCAGCCGCGGCCGCCCGGUCAGCAGGACGAGGCGGCCGAGGAGCCCGUGCAGGCCGUCAUCACCGUCUGCAGCUGCCUGAUGAACAUCGUCGUCAUGGAGGCUGAGCGCGUCUCGCAGAGCUCGCUCUUCCUCGGCCUGCAGCGUUUCGUGGUGCAGCAGCUGGCCAGCGUGGAUGCGUCUCACUUGGUGCUACGCAGCAACCUGACGGUUCUGGGCUUGCUGCUGCUGCACCGGCACGCGUCCGCCGCGCGCGCGCACCAGAGCGAGCUGGUGCGCUUCGCUCAGGCGGCCGUGCGCUUCCUGUGGGACGCGCACAACGUGGAGGACUCGAUGGACCAGCAGGCGGUGGUGGUGUCUACGCGCUACCGCGGCGCCUGGGACGACCUGAAGGAGCUCUGGUUCCUCGGCCUGCAGGUGCUCUCGCAGCUGGCCGGCGAGGUCGACUGGCUGGUGGAGUUCGUGCUCGACAGCGGCUGGGUGACAGAGAUUCUCACCAUGUUCGGCCGCGUCCGCUUCGGCUACGCCGACGAGAGCGUCAUCAAGGCGUUCGAGGGGUUCCUGGUGGGCCUGGCCAAGGCGAGCGAGCCGGCGCGGCUGGCGGUGAAGGCGGCCGACGGCGAGAAGGUGUGCCGCACGCACCGCAUGCGCGAGCUGGCCGCGCUGCUGAAGAAGUAGCGCCGGCGCCGGCGGAGACCGCCCGCCCGGCCCCUGUGUGCCUCUCUCCAGCCGCUAACCGGCCGCCGCUGCGGCCCGCGGUGCGCCUCUAGUCUCGAGUAACCCCGCCAGCGUGCGCCCAGCGAGAGCGCCGCUGGCAAACGUGCCUUCAGCUGCGUCUUUCUAGUCAUGCGUACGGUAGCGUUGUUUGUACUUUUGUACUUCAGAGAGGGUGGUUUUGAUAUGGCUAGCCCGAUCGUCGUGGCCUUAGUAGUGUUUUUGUUAGUCCCGAGAACGUUCUCAGCAGCGUCGCCUUGAACUUUCCAAUUUCUGUCCAGGCCGCUUGCUUCCCGUAGCUUUUUGUUUUUUUGUUCUCAAAGAAGCAGGUCCUUGCUAGGAAAAUACACUUUCUAUGAAGUACAAACAGUCGAAUGACGACACCCACUGGCAGGGAUUGUUGACGUCCGCGAAAAUGCUAGAGAUCGACGGGGUAUCGGAUCUAUUUGCUCACUACAUACUUAAUGCAGAUGGUUUCGGCGCUGCUUUUCUCGCGCUAGCUGUGUGAAAUAAACAAACUGAAAGUGUCGGUUGUUUUAAA